AUGUCCACCGAAACCACUCAAGGAUAUUUACCAGAUUCGAGCAACAUUCUUCAAGGUCAACAAUUUAGAAGAAGACGGCUGCGCGGAGCCUGUGAUGCAUGCCGAACCAAGAAGACAAAAUGCGAUAGUGCAUUGAAACCUGGGAAGGUCUGCACCAAUUGCAUAAUGUCCAGCACAAUAUGUACACAUGACAUGCCUCGUCGCCAAAAGGAGAAGCAGCUAAAGGAAAUGACUGCUGCUUAUGUCGAGAUACUGGAGACGAGAAUAAAGAAGCUAGAAACUUACAUUCAAAAGAUGCACCCUGGGGAGGAUAUCGAUCGAAUUAUUGAAGCUGGCAGGAAUGACAAAUGUCCCGAGUUACGAAUGCCUUCAAAUACUUCCCAGGUGGCCGUUCCAAGGACCACUAGAUUUCUGUAUUCUACAAACCUCCGCUUUGUUGAACCGGGAAUAGAUGAUGCUUCGACAACCGAUGACGACUCUGUGGAAUCAGACACCGAGGACCUUGCCCUUGCCGCUCUAACAGAGAACAUGAAGAAGUUCACGACAUCGACGGCCGCUGCGAUUGACGAACGUUUCUAUGGCCAAGGAAGCAUGUUUAUGUUUGCUAAGCAGGUCACAGAUGUAAGAAAUGAGGUCACCGGGGAAAUGCACGGAAUACAUCCCGGCCAUACCAACCAAUUUCGGCGACGUAUUUACUGGGAUCUAGAGCCAUGGGAAAGUGCAUACAUAUCCACACCCGAGCCUCCUUACACAUAUCCUGAAGUCGACCUACUCAACAAUCUCGUAUCCUUAUAUUUCGACAGAUGUAAUAUCCUUUUACCAGUGCUUCACCGUCCAACCUUUGUGAAAUCCUUGUCGAUUGGGCAACACCUAUGGGACCCAUUAUUCGGGAUGACAGUCCUAUUGGUCUGUGCCCUUGGAGCAAAGUACUCACAAGACUUGCGUGUCAUGAUGUUCAACGACUCUUCUGGAACUGGCAUCUCCGCUGGAUGGCAUUAUUUCAGCCAGGUACAGGUAUAUCGAAAGAGGAUGCUCCAUAAAUCAACAACAUAUGAUCUACAAUACUACGCGCUUGCGGCUCUUUACCUCUCUUCCACUUCCCUACCUCAGGCUUCUUGGACUCUUCUUGCUAUCGGUCUAAGGCACGCAUUUGAAAAAGGAGUUCACCGUCGUAGAGGACCACAACAGAAGCCUUCUGUUGAAUAUGAAUUACAAAAACGGGCAUUUUGGGCACUAGUAUGCUUAGACAGUGCUGAAAGCUCUUUCGUUGGGCGUGCAUGCUCCAUUCCUCUCGAGGCAUACGAUUUAGACUAUCCUAUUGAGUGCGACGAUGAGUAUUGGGAUACCGGAGAUCGAGAAACAUGUUUCCGUCAGCCCGAAGGAAAGCCGUGUUCAAUAUCAGCUUUUGUUGCCCUUAUCAAGCUUUGUGAAAUUCUUGGGUUUGUACUACGAACACUGUAUUCAAACAAAAAAACUCGAAUUUUGUCGGGAUUCCUGGGUUCAAGGUGGGAAGGAAGGAUGGUUGCUGAAUUAGAUUCGACCAUGAACAAAUGGAAAGAAUCGCUUCCAAGCCAUUUGCACUGGGACUCUGGCGAACGCAAUGAAGUUUUCUUCCACCAGUCUGUCAUCCUUCAUGCCACGUACAGUUAUGUUCAAAUUCAAAUCCACCGACCAUAUUUAUUGGCAAAGGGGAGUCCUUUGACGGCUCCUUCUUUUGCCAUUUGUAGCAAUGCUGCCCGAACUUGCUCUGGAAUUCUGGAAGCAGCCGUAAUCAGGGAUGUUGGAGUGUUGCCCAUUACCAUAAUAGCUGCAUAUACAUCAGGCAUGGUAAUAACCCUUGGUAUAUGGAUGACUCAAUCAGCAGGAACUACAGACGGUUUCAGAGCCGAAAAGGAUAAUCUUGAGAAAUGCGUGCAGUAUCUCAGAAAAUGUGAAAAAAGGUGGCAUAGUGGUGGGAGAUUAGGUGACAUCUUGUCUGAAGCUAGUGCCGAAAUGCACCAAAAUAGGCCUUCCAUAAAUCACCUUCAGACGUCAUCACAAAUAUCACCAAGUGACAUAAGAAAAGAUGCAGCUUGUUCAUCAGGAUCUGCUGCUAUUGACAGUCUACAGCUACAAACACAUUUUGUGCCAGGGACACAGUCGACCUUUUCUCCAGAUGAUUGGGGAUUCCAAAAUCUGUUGCUCACGGAAAUGGGAUUAUCUAUGGAGCUACCAAGCGAUAGACAGCAUAGUAUCAUGAGCGCCUCUUGGGCAGAGCAGGCAGGGCGUGAAACGUAUAUUCCUGAGCAUACCAUCUCGGGGAUAGGAGUGAAUGAUAUAACCCAAUUUACCUCACAGAUCGGUGAUCUCAUUGGAUCUGGGUACGAUAUUCUCAGCACACCCGUCCCGCCGGUAUUUGAAGAGUGGGACAACUAUUAUCGAGGAUAUCAGCCGUAA